UCAUUCUACUUUUCUCUCUCUCUCCCGUGUGUGUGUGUGUGUGUGUUGCUCUUUUUGGCUGCUUUUUUUGACUCUGGUCCUGAGCCAUAUUGAGGCCUCCAUGGAGCCCCGUCACUGUUUGCUUUCUUUUUACAAUCCAUUUUGAACCACGGGGGGCGAAACUAAUGAGCUGUGCAGCCGAGGCUCUAGUCAAAGGACAAGAGAAACAGAGACAAGGACACGGGGACGUACAGUUUCUCACGGAGGAACCUCACCCAGCGGUCUACUUCCUGACAUCAGCGCUGCUGCUGUCUAUGAGCUGCACUGAGGUAGAGGAGUGGACUUUCCAACAAUCCUGACACACGGGAAAACGCCGUUGAAGCUCCGACCAGCAGCAGCAGCAGACACAGACGCCAUCAUGUCCUCUCCUUCCCUCCCCAUGCCCUCCCUCCCCCCCAGCCCUCUGGCCAUGGAGUACCUAAACGACUUUGACCUCCUCAAGUUUGAGGUGAAACCGGACACUCCUCCUCUCACUGCUCCGUGUGGGUUUUCCAAAUCUGGCCUCCCACACGACCCCUCCAGCUCCCCGUACACCAGCCACCCUCCGCAGGACUCCAGUUUGAGCUCCAGCCCUUACAACUCGCUGCCACCCUCGCCGACGCUCAGCGACGCACACCCGCCACCAUCGGGCUCUUCCUCCCUGUCUUCGUCAUCCUCCUCCAUCUCCUUCCCCCUCUCCCUCUCCAACAGCUUCACCUCCGGCAUCAGCUCCGGCUCUCAGGGGAACGUGGAAGGCAGCCCGGCCCACGGCGGGCCUCAGGGUCCCACCCCGGCCUCGCUGGAGGACCUGAUCUGGCUGGCGGCACUGCAGCAGCAGUUUGGCGGCGAGGUGACGGGGCCCGCCACUUUGCUGGGAGCCUUGGGAGGAGUGCCAGAGCGAGGGGACAGAGAGAGAGGGCCAGUCAACAGCUUCCUGGGCUGUGAGGAUGCUGUGGAGGCUUUACUCAACUCAGCUGCUGCAGCUGUCAGCUCACAGUUUCCAGGUCUUUCUCAGAGUUCGAGCAGCAACCUGGGAGACUCCAGCAGCGACAGCGGCGCUGACAUCUCCUGCCCCAAGGGGACAGAUAUGUGCCAUCGCCCGCUCGUCUUCCUCUCAUCGGGCCCGAACUCACUCCCCAACGCCGCCGCCACCUCGGCUUCCUACCCACAACCCCUCAGCCCCCAGGGCCGCCUUCAUCACCACCAGCAUCACCAUCAUCAGCACCACCCGCAUCACAUGCACGGCAGCCAUCACCAUCAUCACCACCCACAACUUAAUCCGUGCGGGGUGAACGACCGCUUCUCUGACGAGCAGCUGGUGAGCCUGUCGGUGCGGGAGCUGAACAGACACCUGCGGGGUGUGAGUAAGGAUGAGGUGGUGCGCUUGAAGCAGAAACGCCGCACGCUAAAAAACCGAGGCUAUGCCCAGUCCUGCCGCUACAAGCGCCUACAGCACCGCCACGCUCUGGAGUCAGAGAAACAUGUGCUCACACAACAGUUGGACCAGCUACAGUGUGAGCUGACUCGAGUGCUGAGGGAGAGAGACGCCUACAAGGCUCGCUACGAGAAGCUCCUCAGCACGAACCACAGUCUCGGCGGCGACGCCCCACCGACCCGCACCAGCAACCCACCUUCCCCGCCCCCUGACUACUUCCUCUGAGCUAAACCCACAGGGAGAGGAAGAAAAAAAAAACAGAGGAAUGAGAAACCAGCCAACGUGGAGCAAUCAAUGAUGAGUAAUCAGACUUGGGGAAGAAAACAAGGAUGUGUAUGUGUGUGUGUGAAUGUGUUUGUGUGUGUGUGUGUGUGUGUGAGAGAAAGUGAAACAAGAGACAUUGGCAGGCAGUUUUGGGGCAAUACAACUGUGAAAUCCACUCUUGGGUGAUUAAAUGGGAAUCAACUGUUAAUUCAUAGGGUUAGAUUCAGCUCUAGGCUGCUUCGUGGACUCUGCUUUUACUUCACUGUGAAUGAUAGUUGCACAAAAACUGGCUGAGAGUGCAACAGUGGACAAACAAAACUGUGAAAAAUGGAUGGAAAAAAGCUUUAAAACUUAUCAAUAGUCCCUGACACUGCUGAACAUAUUAUCUAUGCAAUAAUUGCUGCAAUGUACUCUCCAAAAGAGUGGUUGAGGCUCAAACUGUAGUUGUGUUUUUUUUAUAAUAAGCUGCUAAAGCUGCAGAGGUCUGAGUAGUGCAGUGGUGCUGGAUGUGGAGUGGUAUGGGCUUGGAUAAAGUAUCCACGGCAUGCAGUUGUAUUUGCCAGCUAAUAUUUCACAGUUGCCUACCAAAGUGUUUAAGCUCACCAAGACUUGUUAUUCUUUGUAAAAAUGAAUAAUCAUAGAUUAAAGAAUGUACAAGGAUUAUACCUUUCAUGAGGAUCUUCCAAUGAUUGUGCUAAAUGAAUAGUGGGGAUAUUGCUCUUGUGUUUUAGCAAAGAAAUCUACCUUGUGCUAGUUGGAAAUGGUGACUUUCAGCCAUUAACAGUGACAGGAAAGGCUUGCUGUUUGCUCUCAAAAAUGGGUUUUUACAUCCUGUACAAAGAGCUGGUAGUGUGCUGAUCUAUAAAGCGACUGGUGAAAGAGAGAAAGAAACCCAUCGCAGCAGGCGUAAAGAGUGCGGCAUGAUUUGUGUGGUUGUGUCCGGUUAUCCAGACUAGAGAGGCUAUGAUAUAAGCUAUAACAGGAGACGACCACCAUAUUAAUGCAACAUGCGGCACCACAGAGCUGGUCACUGUGGACUCGGGUACUGUGGGCUAUGGAUGCAACAGAUAAAUUAACGGUGCAGGGAUUAAAAAAGAAAAUGCAAAAAAUCUCUUCGUGGAGACACCUUCUUAACUGUCCCAUGGAAUCAUUGCCAGGGUUCAUGCAUUAGAGCUAUUUAUUUUGUUUGGGUGUAGGUUAAAAUAAAUUGUUCUUUUAUUUAUUCACUUAUUUAUUCAGUAUUUAUUGUUUAUUUAUGUACUGAUUCUAAUUAUUUUACUUUACUGGUUUUAUCCCAUUAGCGUGUAUUUUUACUUUCCUACAGUUUAUUAUUUUAUCCAAUUGUGAUUAGAAUUAACAUUAUUACAAAAAAAAAUGAUGGCCAUUAUGAUGGUUUCCUGCUCCUGUUGUAGUGUGGUUUCACAUGCAUAUGAAAUAAACAAAGAACUUUACCAUCCCUG